CCUAGGUGCCUACGGCAGAACUGUUUCUGAACAUUUUAUUUUGAGGCUACUGUACCGUCGCAAAAAAAGAAAAAAGCCCUGUAGAAAAAAAGAAAAGAAAAGAAACCAUGUCCAACUUUCAACCUAGGAUUAUCAUAUUCUCCAUUUCUUAGCCUUGAAGCACCACUCUUUUUUUUUUCUCCUUCUUCAAUUGUUGCAUUAUCUGACGUAUUAAGGUCCGGGUGGUCUAAGUACUUUAGAUAAUUGCCUACUCUCCUUUCUUGUAGUAAGAAAUUAUAUUGUUGUCAUUGCUUUUGAUAUUGUCAUUGCCAUUACGAAGUAUCUUCAACCCGAUGUGGACUCGACAUUAGCAAAGCAUCUCUCCUCCAAUGAAUCGGUAACAGGAACCAGAUUCCAUUCAGGUUCCUAAAGCGAAAUCACUAAUCAUGGCUGGAACUGGGUUAUUCAUUCUUCUUGCCUUGACGGUUGUGAUGGCAUUGGCCUCCUUCCUAGCCGGCGCAUUACCAUUAUCCAUGACCCUAUCGCAAUCGCAGCUUCGUUUUAUAUCGAGUAUCGGCAUAGGCAUACUAGUCGGUACGUCUCUAAUAGUUAUUAUACCCGAGGGAAUCGAGGCUAUAACCGAAGCCUCAACAACCCAUACGCAGUCUUCAAACUCAAGAAAUAUACACAUUCCCAGGCAGGCAUCUGGGGUCAGUUGGGCAGCAGGAUCAUCUUUCCCGCGGAGUGAUAUCGAUUGGUCUGUUAUAUCUAGAAGAGAAGACAGUUUGGAUGGUGUUCACAAUGCACAGCUUCGUUCAGAAGUCUCUAGCAAUGAAGAGCCUACCAACCCUACUCCGCGUAUCAGAGCAGCAGAGGAUGACCCAGAGAUAACGCCAGGAGAUGAGGCGAGCCCCGGUUCAGGGUCUCAGCACAGUGGAACAGAAGUUCCCACUUUCUACAUUGGCCUUUCUUUGAUACUUGGCUUCAUACUCAUGUUUCUGAUUGACCGACUACCUCGCCAUGCAUCCGAGAACUUCCAACCGCCGCCGCCACCACGACAUAUCAGCUUGAGUAACUUGGGCGCUUCGUCUCUCUCCCGUGAUGAGGAAGAAACCGAGGGUUUCCUAGGCUCCUUAACACCAACACCGAAACAAACGAGAAGCCUAGCAACAACGACAGGACUAGUCAUACAUGCCGUUGCGGAUGGCAUCGCAAUGGGUGCCUCGGCUACUGCGCCAGACACCAAAUUAGGCUUCAUUGUGUUCAUUGCCAUUAUGGUACACAAGGCCCCUGCCGCUUUUGGGCUCACUUCGGUGUUACUAAAGCAGGGUCUCUCCAAGCGCGCUGCCCGAGGUCACUUAAUCGUGUUUAGCUUGGCUUCUCCCUUUGGGGCCUGGGCAACCUUUAUACUUGUCAGUUUCCUCGGUGGAGGUGGGGAUAGCGAAUCGCAUCAAUGGUGGACCGGAAUGCUGUUGUUAUUUUCGGCUGGAACCUUCCUAUACGUCGCGAUGCAUGCUAUGCAAGAAGGUGACUCCCCCUCAGGCCACGACAGUAGCUCGGCAGGCAAUGGCUACGCAGACAGUGCUCAACGAAAGCAUGCCCACCCGCAGAUGCGAGAGACAUUAGCGACAGUUGCUGGCAUGUUCUUGCCUCUUCUCACACAGUUCGGCCAUCAUCAUUGAGCGGAUUCACUAGUUGUCAUAUCUUCUCAAGGCUAAUGUCGACAAAAAGACCAUAUAAGGAGUUAGGAUCUUGGAACUGGAUCACUGGCUUAUUAACUAAAAAUUUAAGAAACGAAAUGGGUCUCUGAGUGCACCAUCUUUCAACCUACCGAAAUAGGUUGGAAAUUUGUACCACAUACACCAAUGUUACAUGAUCUCCACGAGUUCGAACGUCGGGUCCUUGCUGGUCCAUUAUAGAAUAUACCCUCGGUGGCAAUGUAAAUACCAUAACGGAAAGUAAUGUCUGGUUAGAAGUGGAAAAGCAGGGUUUUUAUUAUUAUUAUCAUCAUUCAUACAUAUAGGCACGAGCGUGAGAUUAGGGCAAUGUAGUACUACGUCUACUCAUUAUCUAGUAUAUAGUAGCUAUAUAAAGAGCGACUCGUUACUGUCCCUGA